AUGAAGUUUUCAGCGCUCUUGUUCGCGGCCGCCGCCAACGCUCACUACACUUUCCCGCACAUCCAGGGAACCGCUGACUGGCAGACCGUUCGUAUGACCGCCAACCACUACAGCAAUGGGCCCGUCACCGACGUGUCGUCCGAGGCCAUUCGCUGUUACCAGCUGACGCCCGGUGGCGGUGGCAGCACGUCCACCUCGGCCGUCAAGGCCGGCGGCACCGUCACCUGGUCGGCCAACCCCAACAUCUACCACCCGGGCGCGCUGUCCGCCUACAUGGCCAAGGUGCCCGAGGGCAAAACACUGGCCAACUGGGACGGUUCCGGCUCCGUUUGGUUCAAGGUUUACCAGGACAUGCCCUCCGGCGGCGGGGGCCAGAUGAAUUGGCCAUCACAGAACAAAGCGAGUGUCAGCUUCACGGUGCCUUCGUGCAUCGAAAGCGGCGACUACCUGUUCCGCAUCGAGCACGUGGCGCUGCACUCCGCGUCCACGGCCGGUGGUGCGCAGUUUUACAUCUCGUGCGCACAGCUCUCCGUGUCGGGAGGCGGCUCCAAGAAGCCCACGAAUCUGGUGGCAUUCCCCGGUGCAUACAAGGCAACGGAUCCGGGCCUAAUGAUCAACAUCUACAACAACGGCGGCAAACAGUACAAACCUGCUGGGCCGGCCGUGUUUACAUGCUAA